AUGAAGCCCGAGGCUCCACCAGUGAUGUUGUCAACAAGUAGCGAAAACAAGCUAAAUGAGGUGGCAGAUGGCCCGUUGUUUCUGACUAGGCUACCCCAUUUGGGCCGACUUCGCCGUCGCCGCAAGCGCCUGAAGUUUGGCCUGGCAGCGUUCUUGGUUCUGCUAUCGGGCUUCGGUUUAGCCUUCAAUGCAUUCAGCAUUGGCCGCCGUAUUAUGCGCCUAGUGUCAGAGACUCCCUUUGCUGGUCAUGAAAGCGGGCAAGGCUCGGGUGAGGAAAGCACUAAGCUGCGGAAUGUGGACAAAGAAGAGGGCCGGCUGUCGCCCGCAGCAGAAAAUGGGAAGAAGCUUCUAGCGGAAGAGCUGGCAAAGCUUGAGGCGGAGAAAAAAGAGAAGGGGAUUGGUGCGCCGGCGACUGCAGGGGCCCGAAGAUCGCUGAAGAAGCUGGCUGCGCAUUUGUCUGGUGGUAAAUCUACAAACAUAUUGGGCCAAACUGUGGUUCUUAAGGAGGUCACUCCUUUUGACGAGUCCGCCACGAGACGUUUUGGGCGGAAGCUGAAGGUGGCAAAAUUUUUGGGUGAGGGAACAUUCACACUUGUGCUGGAGGUAAAAGACGAAGAAACGGGGGAGACGUACGCACUGCGAGUGCCUUUCGGCGUCAGCGAAGAGAAAAGCAACAGCUCAGCAGAAGCGUCGGAGUAUGAAACAGAACUCCUGGAAGAUGAUGUUGAGAACCAAGUCCUCGCAGAAGAAAAGGGGCUGCGUGCGAUCUUGGGCAAGAUGCCAGCAGACAAGGCUGCUGCCCGCAUGGGACUGGCGGUGCCCCUGGCGACAGCGCAGCUCGAGAACAUGCCUAAUGGUCUUCACAGCAACGGUGUGUUCAUUUCAGACAAAGUGCAACUGACUGAGCGCUUUAUUGUCCAUCUCGAAGACUUCAUAGACCAAGUGCCGACGCUGCCGACUGAUGCAAAGACGUACAUUGCGCAACGUUUGCUGCUGCAGGUACUCCACCUGCAGGAAAGAGGCUUUUGUCACAACGACUUGAAGUUGGACGGUUGUUUAAUGCGGGCAGACGGCUCAUUUCUUUUAGGUGAUCUUGGCUCCAGCAGCCCUGCGGGGGUGGAAAUAGAUAGCCUUGCUGGCACCACGCCCGAAUACGCGGAGCCUGAGUUUUUUUUGAAUAUCCUGAAGGGAGAGAGAAGAGCAGUACCAGUGAUAUCACACGCGAAGGGUGAUAUGUGGUCUCUUGGCGUUAUUAUUUAUGAAUUGUUCACGAAGACUUUGCCCUACGGUCUGACGGAGCCCGCUAACAUUGAUGCUGCUGCGCUAGGAAGCUAUUUCGGCAAAUUAAUAGAGAAGGAUGUAUCGGCUGAUAUUCUCAUUCCCGAAAUGACGAAGGCGCAUGUGCCCAAAAGGUGGCAAGAACUCCUUGUCAAGUUGCUGCAGGUAAGAAGAGAUAAGAGAAUAUCCGCAAGUGAAGUUGCACAGGAAUAUGCAGACCUCUGGCAAUAA